CUUUCUACUGAACCUUGUCUUCGGGUUGUCCAAAUUCGUAUCCUCCCCAAUCAAAUUAGGGUUUCGUUUUUCCUUUUCUUCCAGAAUGCGAGCAGUCCAGGAAUCGCUCUCAGUCUCUUCGUUCUCAAACUCGACCACUUCGCCGACAUCUCCCUCUUCGGGUCCAAGGUUCUACGACUGGCUCUUUGAGUGCCACGGCUUCUGGCACAAUGUUGCGCUCAUGCUCGCUUCCCUUCUCUUCAUCCUGUACCUGUCCUUUCAAGCCAGGAAGAGCUUCUCCAAGCUAUCGCAUGGACGGUCUUACGUUAUAAUUGCGUACUAUGCGUGCCUGUGGCUUGUUAGCUUGCUCAAUCUGAUUUGGUGCACUUUUCAGGCUUGGGAGUGCACUCCAGGAAAAGAACUAGUAUGGAAUGUCUUAUCUUUAUUUACAACAUCAGGAAUGCUAUUUUUAGAAGUAAGCUUGGUGGCCUUUUUAUUCCAAGGAAAUCACGUGAGCGGGUUAGAAGCUUUGACACGGACAUUUGUUGUCUCGGGUCUUAUCGUUGGCUUGGAUUUACUUCUAAAGGCAAUUUAUCUGUUUGGAUUUGGGAUCCCAUUGUUCAUUGACAGCAAUGAUCAUACACAUCCGACGAAGUGGAACUUGUGGGUUGUUCAUAGACUGGUGCUGACUGCGGUUUAUGGCUUGAUACUGUUUAUGUACCAUUCCAAGUGGAGAGAAAGAUUACCUGCAAGACCUGCAUUCUACAAUUAUAUUGUUAUCAUGUGUGCAAUGAAUGCUCUCGCACUGUUUGCUUGUGCCCUCACUGGAAAUGGGGCUGGUUUUGGGUUCUGGUUGUAUGGCGCCACGAUUGUUUGUUACCAUGCCUUCUAUCUUCCUCUUCUAUAUGUAACAUUCCUGGCUGACUUUUUCCAGGAGGAAGAUUUGCAUUUGGAAAAUGUAUACUACUCAGAAAUGAAAGAUGCUGGCUUCUUUGAUGCUGAUUGGGAGUGAUGUGGUGACUUCUGCAUCACAAUAUGACAAAAGUUGUCAUACUCUGUAUAUUGAAGUAAAUAUGUACUAGAACCUGAGAACUUUGAGAUGCUGGCGAUGUGUUAUCAUAGUUUGUAUGGCUUCCUAUUUUCUUUGUUUUUCUCUUUGUAAUAUGCAAGAGAAGUGCUGUUCCUCUAUUCACACUGCUAAUAAUAUGAACUGUGUCUUCUAUAUUCUACAGUUA